GGCGGGACUAAUGCAAAUCGCCUACUAGUGAUGUUGGGUGCGGUUGGUUCAUGCUGAGCAGCCGGCUAGAAGAUUGAGCCCAAACAGCAUCGUCUAUUCUUCUUCAAAUCUGAAUUACGACAAAACAGCUUGUAAUUCCAAGAGAAAGAACCCGAGCACAUAUUAGGGAUCGAAAUGUUAGACAAAACCAGCAGCCAGUUCAACUCCUUCCUGUUUUGGAGGCAGCCCAUCCCAUCACUGGACCUGUCAGAGCUGGAAGACCUUGGCUUUUCUAUGCCCAAGUCCAAGGAAGCAAAGUCAACCAAGAGCUUUCCAAAACCCCCAGGACAGGAGGAAGAAGAUUUGGAGUUGUCGAAGUACUCCACAUUCAACUUCUGGAAAGAGCCCAUCGCUAGUAUUGAUAUCUUGGAUUUCAACCUGCUGUUAUAAGACACUGAAAUGCAAUUAUCAGUUCCCGCCCAAAUCUGUGUUUAAUACCACUGUGGUUCCACCAAUUCUGUACUCCGAUCUGAUAUUGAUGAAUUGAUUACAAGAGUCGUGUAUCAUGUCUUUCUUGUGAAGCCAUGUCAGUACAACUGUGAUAACUUGUGCUAAAACUAUUAAGGCAUUACUGAAUAUGGAUGUUAUUUACACUAUUUAGUACUUUACUGCCCUGUAAACUCUACAUGACUGCUCAAUUAGUUGUGCGCAUGAAAUAAGAUUAAGAUAUUCAGAUCCUUAAUCUGCCAAUUCAUUUCAUGGUAAAGGCAAGGGGAUUCAGAACAUAGUAAAUCUUAAACUGUAUAAUAUUAUUGUAUGGCAAAUUAUUUGUAAUAUUAAUGCAUACAGUAACUUUACUAGUUUAAACUAAAAUUUCACUUAAAGCUGUUUUUGUAUUAAACCGAGGUCAAUGUUAAAAGGCACAGCUAGUGCUUUUCACUGUUUCCCCCCCCUCACCACCAUGUAUGAUGACAAAUGUCAGAUGCCAAUUAAAGUGAGCUUGCUGCUAAAUGAAUAAAAAUG